AUGGCUAUAAACAGUAUUUUUGAUGAUUAUAAGAUCUUAGAAACAAACAUAUGUGAUAACUUAUGUCAAGUAGACUUCUUUGAUAAUUCUGUAAGCGACCUUAAUUUUAUGCAUGUAAACAGACGUAGUAUUUAUCAAAAUUUUGACCAAUUUUUGGUGUAUCUUGAAUCAUUAAAUUAUGAAAAUAUCACACAAAAACUAAACGGAGAGUUGUGGGGUGAUGUUCUACAAGAAAAUAAUGUAGAGCUUUGCACAGAGGCGUUCAUUAAUAGACUAAAAGACAUCAUUUUGAAAGCCACUAUAACUCGGCCUAUACCCAAUAAAAAAAAGAAAUUAAAACCUUGGAUCACUGGUGGGCUCCUAAUAUCUAUUCGAAACAGAAACCUCCUUAAAAGGGAAUGUGCACUAAAUCCCAGCAAUUUCGUAGUUUUUAACAGGUAUCAGAAAUACAGGAAAUUUUUAAGUAAACUUAUCAAGAAAGUGAAGUAUAAUUAUUACAAAUAUUUAGCACAAAAAAACUUGGAUAACCCCAGAAAAUUGUGGAAUGUGCUUAGAGAGGCCACCAAUGACCAAGAGAGUAAACCAGAAAUAAAAUGUAUCACUACCAAAACUAAUUCAGAAAUAACUGAUAAAAAAGAAGUUGCAGAUGAAUUUAACAAUUAUUUUUGUAACAUUGGUAAAAAAUUAGCAAGUGAAAUUACUAGAGGUACUUGGAGGAAUGAAGUGCGGGAAAAAAAAGGUAAUGAAUCACUUUUCUUGUGUCCUGUGACGAAUGAUGAUGUAAUUAGGGAGAUAAACUGUUUAAAGAAUGGGAUAAAAGGCGGGGAGGAUAAUAUUUCAUCAAAUAUAAUCAAGAAAUAUAAAGAAAAACUUAGUAUUCCAUUGAAACACAUAAUAAACCUAGUUUUUGGUACUGAAUCUGUAAUUAAUUAUGGUUUCGUAGUUUGGGGAAAUACAAGUUUAACAACGUUAUCCAAGUUACAGGUAGCUCAGAAAUGGAUCAUAAAAAUUAUGCUUUUCAAACAGAAACGAUAUUCAUCUGAACUUGUUUUUAGAGACAGUAAAAUACUGAACCUAGAGCAGCUCUAUUUAAAAUCACUUAUAAGAUUUAUGAUGAAAUAUGAUUUAUACAAAGAAUACUUACAGCAUGGCCAAAAUACAAGAAGUGCUGCUCAUGCAAAUGCCAUGGUUGUGUAUGUCAGACUGUUGAUCGUAUUCAUGUUUAUUUUGUUUGAUCCAAAAGUUGAUCCUACAUGGGUAGUCGUGUUUGGCUUUGGCAAUGCUACAGCCUUCUGGAUCAUAAAAGCUCUUCGUAAGCUUCAGUGCGAUAAAUAA